GAGGGAGAGGAGGCUUCGAUCGGGAAGCAGUCUCCAGUUUCCAGUUGCUGUACCCCAGAGAAGAGCUGCGGUUAAUGGGAGUGUCAGCAGGCUAGACAUCCUGCAGCAGAAUCUGCGGCGCUUAGUUCUGUGCCCGGGAAGGGAUGCUUCCCGUUUGGGGAUCGGAGUGUGGCUCUGCCGCCGGAGAGCGUGCAGUGUACCGGGUUGUGCAGCCCAGCAGGAAAAGGUGGACCUUUCUAGAGCUACCCUUUGCAGUCUUGAACCUUAAGAAAAGAUGUGGAGUGGGCUGCUACCUCCUGGCCUAAAAGAAAGUGAUGUUGAGUUGAGUUCUGAAGAUGAAGCCCCAUUAGAGAACUCUGGACUUAACUUACAGGAAGAUAAAGAAGAUGGGACUGUGACAAAAACAGAGAUCUCAGAUUUCCCUACAGAUGGACCAGAAACUAAAGCAGAGGCAAAUGUAAAUGCUUAUGAAGAAUGUCCCUCUGGAAUUCCCUUAAAUAUGUGGAAUAAAUUUCAAGAAUUGCAUAAAAAACAUUCUGAACAGAAAACUUCAACUUCAAGAUUCAGAAAGAAGAAAAGAAAACACUCCAGAAAAGGUAAGUUGAAGAAUGAAGAAGAAUCUCACAGUGAACAAUCCUCAAGGGAAACCCAGUGGAAGGAGCUUACUCAGUAUUUUGGAAUCAAUGAUAGGUUUGAACCCCCUGUUAAAAAGAAAAAAAUUGACAAGUCGGGCCUUGAAAAGAGCAUAGACCAGGCUGUGGAAGAGUGGAACAUUGAGAAGGCGGAGGAACUCAGCAACCAGCUGGCUACUCGAGAGCUUGGUGUAAAAAUUGCGAAAGCAGUUGCCUGCCACAACUUCGUAAAAGCCAAAAAGGAUGCUGAAAAUUCACAGGUUGCUCGAAAAAAGAAGAAACUUGCAUGGGGGUUUGAAGCAAAGAAGAGAUGGGAAACCAAAAGCAACAUGGGAUAUAUGUAACUUGCCAGAGUUCUUCAAGACAUUUGAGUCUUUGAGUUUUCUCUUGACUUUUCAAUUGUUCAAUUUACUGAAAAGAUUUUCCUGCUUAUGUUAACUAUGUCAGGAAAUUGAUAGAAGUAGAAAAAAUAAGCAUAAAAUUUGGGAGUUGAUUAUCAAAUCUUUUCAGUCUCUUUCUGAAAAGCUCAUCCUAUUGAAGUAAAUGAAAUAGAGCAUUCUGUUAUUGAUACAAGAAAUCUAAGCAGACAUGCAGGAAGAAAGGAUAGAAUCUUAUUUAUUUAUUUAUAUAGACCUCCAGUACAAAAUCAAUUUUACUUUUAUCCAUUUGGUGUAGCAUAGCCAAUGAGCUCCUUGUAUUUUCUUAUCUGUGCUCAGUGUAACUGUACUUAUCCUGGAAUUGUGUUUUUAAGAUUGGCAUUUGUUUAUAAUGGAUUAGUCAUAAGUGCAAGAACAUCUCAAUUGAUAUUGUCUUUACAAAUGACUUUAAUUAUCUUAAUGUUAUAAAAGUAAUUAUUGAUUCUUUAUUGGAGGCAGUAGAGUUAAUAUUUGACAGUCGUAUAAUAAAAACAAUUGAUUUAUUUUUGUGUACCUUCACAUAAAAUAUUACAAUAAUAAAAGGACAGAAUGUAGUAUUUGGAGGAUGAUUUAAAUUCAACUCUGCCUAGAACUAUCUUUCUAAAUAUCUCUCUCAGCCAUGUCAUUCUUUAAAGUAUGAGAUGGUUCUUAGAGGAGAACAUAGUGUAGUUGAUUAGGUGGUUAUAACUCCAGACAAUAUAAUUUUGAACCUUUUAAGAA